CACACCCAACUCUCACAGUCACAGUAAAACCCAAAAAAUCCUCAGCCAGCCUCCUAGAAAUGAUGGAGCUCUGUACCACCACAUUUCAACCUCUCCCCAACCUCCUAAUCACAAACCCAAACACCCACCUCCGCUCAAAACCCUCCCUCCAAUUCGCUCAUUCUCUCAGGCUUCGCUCUCGAUUGGUGUUGACUAGAGCUACGUCAUCUGACGAAAAUGGAGCAAAUGCGUAUUCGAGUGAAGAGCGAGAUGGGGUGGUAUCUACUACUUAUGAUGUUCCACCGCCGGAGAAGAAUCUCUACGGUCAAGCUGUGGUAGAAGAAGCACCUCAAGAGGAUCCUAUAGUGAAUGGAAGUGACGGCCCGUCGCAGAUAUCGGAGCUUUUGGAGAACUUUAAUGUAAAGUUAGACAAUGAUGAUGCAUAUGUCUAUAUACUAUACGGUGGUGGUGUCUUGGCUACCCUGUGGUUAGCAUCAGCUAUAAUAGGUGCUAUUGAUUCUAUUCCAUUGUUCCCCAAGUUGAUGGAAGUUGUGGGCCUUGGAUAUACAAUCUGGUUUAGCAGCCGUUAUCUGAUAUUCAAGAAAAACAGGGAGGAGUUGGUUGCUAAAGUCCAAGUUCUUAAGCUGCAGGUUCUCGGUUCAAAUGAUGACUGAAAAUUAGAUCCCUUUUGCUGCUGUGCAAAGCGAUCAAUGUAGAGUUUUUGGUUUGGUUUCAAUUAUAGGUGAUAUAUGUGUUUCGUUUUAGUAAAGGUUAGUGUGUGUUCUUAAAUAUCCUUGGUUUUUCAGCCCAAAGAAGUUAAAUAAAGUAAAUAUUCCUUGUUCUUGCC